CUGCUCCCUGUGCAUCUUUGUCCGCCCGCGACAUGUCUGACCCCACACACUCUGUCGACUUUGACUUUCCGGCUAUCCCGUUGCCGACACUGCUCCGCGACAAGACCGACAUCAACAAUGCUCGUGCCCGUCUGGCCGACAACCUCAAAGACCAUGCACUGUCCAGAGCGAGGUAAGACAGCAUGGGUCACUUGUUUGUGUCUCACUUGUAUGUCUUUGCGUGUGUGUGUGGUGUGUCUCAGCCGUUUCGUGCGUGAGCAUCACUUCGAGGGCGCCCUCUCGCGUGAGUUCUUUGCCUUCGAAGGAUGUGGCGACGAGGAGAAGGAUGUGGACAAGGAGGAGGAGGAGGAAGAGGACGACCUGAUGGUGGAGGAAGACGACAAUGGCGACGACGACACGACGUAUGUCAUGCCAGGCACCUCCACACACGCACAUGUCAGGCGUGACAUGUCUCUGUGUGUGUGUGUGGGUUCAGUGAGUUUGAGUUCGAUCUGUCGACCGACCCGCCCGCCACGAAGAAACACCGAGCAGACAACACCGACACACACACACACACCGCCACCGAGAUCAACAAGAAGAGGUCAGUGACACACCCACACACACAGUGAAACAUCUCCCAGCCCAUGGGCGUGCUGUCUGCGUCAGGGGUGUGACCUCGGCUGCGGACUUCAAGCGUCGAUGUCAUUUCUCCCUCAUGGAGAGCCCGCGUCUGUGUGGCCAAACCGUCCUGACCGACCCGAGUGAGUUUGAGGCCUACUACAACCAAAUCAUCGAGAACUCGAACGCCGACACGGCCAACAAGGUGUGGCAGGCCUGCAGGGACCGUGAGGCGUCGCUUCCACGCAAGACGCGUCGGUUGCUCCGGUACGAUGAGACACAAAGACAGAUAGAUAGAGAGAGACUGCCCAUUCCAUCCAUCCGUGUAUGUGCGGGUGUGUGUAUGUGUGUAUGUGUGUCUCUUUGCAGGCGUGUGGGCGCGGCAGCAGUGUGUUACGGUCACGUCGCGAGGAUCACACUCCGCAUGGCAGACGGCGACAAAACGAUCUGGCACCAUUAUUUUGGUGAGUCCAGCCCCGCCUCGAGAUACGCACUGCAUCGGUCAGCGAACCAAGACACAUCACUGAAGCAAGAACACAUCAGUUUCUUUGCGUGAUGAGCCAGUUGUUUGGACUACCCAGCCCGAGUCGCUGCUAUGGUGUCGUGUAUCUCUGCCCGCCAGUGGGACAAAAUCAACACACACGACUUCAACAAGUAUGAAGACGAGCGCUCACUCGCACUUAGCUGUCACUGCAGUGCGUUAUGGUGGGGUGCGUGGGUGUCUGUGUGUGUGUGAUGUGUACAGAAUCAUUCCCCUCAUCGCAUCAGGCGGAGAGGUGGAGUUCACCAUCUACUUCACACAAGCCAUCACCGGCCCAGCAGACCGCCAGUCAGCGAUCGAUGCGGCGCUGCUGAAGGAAGCGCACCUCGUGUACAACUACAGCCUGCGGGGCCCUCAAAGGAUCAGGACACAGAAGUGGGGAGUCAUCACACUGAUCCCCCGCCACAGCGCCAACUCAUGUCUCGGUACACCCUCAUGGCACGAGACACCCACACGACACCAUCGGUGUGUUGGUGUGUGUGUGUGUCCGAAGGAGGUGUGAAAAAGACGAUGAGCGGUGCUCUGCUGGUGCGACUGCUUGAUGACCCCACAAUGCCACAGUUCAAAUCAAAGCUCGAGCCCACCCUCAACCGCAUGGGUACGUGAGAUAGGGAGAACACGACACACAGACAUGAAGGAGGGGGACAUUGUGUGCUUUUGUAUGUCAGUCUGGCUGCGCGGUAUCAAUCUCCCCAAGCUGCGUUGGCUGCAGAAUAUCGACCCCGAGGCCCUUCGCACACCCGUCACUCGAUGCAGAUACCCCCGAGUGACACCCGAGUCGUCACUGACAGAGCACGUGCAGUUCUACAAGCUGCUGCAUGAGGCCAAGCGAGAAAGGCUGGGCAUAUCGUUGUAUCGAGGCCAGUCACUCAAGGUCGUCCGCGACGGCAAGGUGCUCAAAGAAAUCAGCGUUCUUCGCACGGUACGCAAACACCGGUCCACACUCACUCAUUGAUUGUUCGCGAGGUGUGUGUCUGCAGCCCCUGGCCACACUCACCGAGUGCAUUGAGUUCGCUAGGACGCUCCCACCCGUGGCAGAGUACAACAGACACCCAAACUGGAUCGCCACGUACGUCACGGGUGUGAGCGGCAAACUCCGAUUCGUCAAGUACGUCAGCCAUCAAAUCGAGGGAAUGGAGUGCCAUUCCUAUCACUGUCUCGUGCAGGAAGGGCAACAGGGGCCAGUUCCAGCUCCAGCUGCGAGGGACCGGCAGUACCCCCGGCGAGAGGAGCGUCGAGGAGGUGUUCGGCAGUCAGCGCGCCAAUCAGCUGGCUGCAGAGAUCGGCUACACAGGCAAAGCCAAGGUGCCGAAUCUGUGUUGGCGCUCGAUCGUGCAGUGUCUCCACAGUGUCUCGGCCAUUCUCGCUGGCAUCGGACGCGUGGCGUAAGUGAUGCCGUCCACCUACACACUCGUAUUGAUCGUACACACAGGAAUGCUCUUGUGUGUGGUGUGUGGACGGUGGUGCAGGUUUGGCGAGCUGCAGCAGCGAUCGAGCUUCCGGACGGCCAUCGGCGGCAAGUUCAUCGCAUGCCUCGUCGGCGCAGGUGUGUUGUCUCUCACGCCAGGUGCACACGUGUACUCUGAUGACUAUGUGUGUGCCAGCUGGUCUGGUCGCCUCGAGCCUCUUAGGGUCGAUCGCGCUUUACUUCGCCGCCAUCCUCGUGAUUUUCUUCGCCAUUACAGGUCAACCACACAGACAUCCAAUAUAUAUGUGUGUCACGAGUGUUCAUGUGUGUUGUGUAUGAAUGUCGUGCAGGCACACUGGCGUCAGUGUCGGCGACCCUGGGCGACGAGUUUGGUGAAACGUUCGUGGCGCGAAACCUGUCAGUGGUGCAGCUGACAGAAGUGCUGUCGACCAUCGUGCUGGCCGCGGGCACUGCGCUGCUGUUCGAUCGGCUCGGCGUCACUCUGUCACUCACCGCCAUCGCUGUGCUGUCGCUGCUGCCAGGUCAGUCAGCACACAGCCGGCCACGUGUGUGCAUGUGUGAACGUGUGUGUGUGUGUCGUCAGGUCUGGUGAUCAUCUAUCUGUAUCGGCCGGCGACCAGAGAGGACACUGAAGCGAACAAGCAAGACGUCUGAGUGAUUGAGCCAAUCAACGAGACAUACAUGACAUGAUGCCAGUCGAUGACAGUACACCCGUGACAACUGAUGGGUGACAAUGGUCCACAAUAAAU